UAACAUAUCAACGCGGCCAGCAGUGCUGAGCGCUCCCCACCCACCGCUCCGACUCCAGCACACCCCCCGAAAUAACCGACCCGCGGUGCCGCCCGUCCCCCGCUCAGGGCGAACCGCAGCCCGAGCAUGCUCAGUGGCCGUCGCCUGUCCCUGCUCCGCUGCGUUGCUAGCCGGCGGCCGCUGGCAGAGGAGGCGGUGCCGGCCGUUGCGGGCCCGGCGCUCUUCCCCAUGGGCAGCCGCGCGGCGGACGGCGCGGGGCCCGAGCGGCCGUCAGAGGAUGGCACACCAGAAGCACCUGGUGAGGAGUCGAGAAGGCUCACCAGACAGAAGCUAUUUACCAUGCUCGCAGCAGCUUCCAUAAACUUCAGCUCAAUGAUAUGCUAUUCCAUCCUGGGACCCUUUUUCCCUGCAGAGGCAGAAAAAAAAGGUGCCAAUAACACAGUUGUUGGCCUGAUUUUUGGAUGUUUUGCUUUGGUCAAUUUCUUGUCGUCUUUAAUCUUGGGAAAUUAUCUUACGAAGAUUGGAGCAAAAUUCAUGUUUGUGGCAGGGUUGUUUGUUUCAGGAUGUGUAACAAUUCUAUUUGGAAUGCUGGACAAGGUGCCAAGUGGACCAGUGUUCAUUGGUUUGUGCGUUUUAGUAAGAGUGAUGGAUGCAAUAGGUUUUGCGGCAGCAAUGACAGCAUCAUUUUCAAUCUUGGCAAAAGCAUUUCCCAAUAAUAUAGCUACUGUCCUGGGCAGCCUUGAAAUUUUUACAGGGCUUGGACUGGUGCUUGGCCCACCUUUAGGUGGCUUUUUGUAUCAAUCAUUUGGUUAUGAGGUCCCUUUUGUUACACUGGGAUGUGUGGUAUUGGUCCUAGUGCCUGUGAAUAUGUGCUUAUUACCAAAAUAUGAUUCGAUCCCUAGCAAGGAGUCAUUUUGGAAGCUCUUUCUUCUGCCAAAAGUCUUACUUCUCUGUUGUACUAUAUUUUCUCUAAGUGCGUGCUUGGGCUUUUUGGAUCCCACAAUGUCUCUAUUUAUCCUAAACAAGUUCAAACUCCCAGCUGGGUAUGUGGGCUUAGUAUUCCUGGGUUUGGCACUCUCGUACUCCCUGUCUUCUCCCCUCCUUGGACUCCUAAGUGACAAAAUGCCACACCUCAGGAAAUGGCUGCUGGUAUCAGGAGGCCUAAUAACAGCCCUAUGCUUUUUCUUGUUAGGACCUGCUCCUGUACUGCACAUUGAAAGUCAGUUGUGGAUGUUUGUCCUAGUGCUGGUUUUGCUUGGCUUUUCCCUUGGAAUGAGUGCUAUCCCAGUAUUUCCAGAGAUACUGCAGUAUGCAUAUGAAAAUGGAUUUGAAGAAGGGUUGAGUCUGCUGGGGCUGGUGUCAGGGCUCGUUAAUGCUGUGUGGUCCCUUGGGGCAUUUAUAGGUCCCACUUUAGGAGGAUUUCUAAAUGAAAAGCUGGGUUUUGAAUGGGCGUCAGCCAUCCAAGGAGGAUGGGCACUGUUAAGUGGACUUGCAACUGGAAUAUUUUAUAUUGCUGAGUCCACAAGGAAAAGUUCCAGUUCCAGCCUGCAGAACCCUCCUAGUGAUAAUGAAGAAAGAACUCAUCUAUUGGGUAGUGAAACAUAACCGGAAAUUAUUGAUUCUCUGUUUAUUAUUGUGGUUUAACUUAGUGUUGAGGGUGCCCAUACCAUUGUGACUCCUGAAGAUGGUAUUUGCAGCUGGGUCUUCAUGAGGAAAAUAGUAUAUGCUUACCUUGAGAAUAUUCCAGACCCACAAGUGGACUGGAUUCCAUGUGCUGAUUCUGAAAGGUUUGCUCCCUCACCAGUGCAGAGAAGACUGAGCUGCCUGGCAAGGAAUUACUCCAUCUAUGUGGUUGCGAAUAUGGGGAACAAGAAGCCAUGUAAGUUCAGUGAUCCAAGGUGACGAAGUGAUGGUCACUAUCAGUACAGUGCCAAUGUUGUCUUUGUUUCAGAAGGGAAACCGGUGGCUCGUUACCACAAAGUAAGACAAUUCUGGAAGGUUCAGGAACUGGAUGAUCUUUGGGUGAUGAAAGAUGUGGAACAAAGGCUGCUUCCCAGGCUUAAAUGUAUUUGUACAUUGAGUCAUUAUUUAGCAGGCAUCAGCAAGUAAAAGUCACUCCCUUAAGAUACCUUCACUCCUGCUAUUCUGAAAUUAAUAGCAAAUAAUGAUGUCGGUGCUUAGUCCAGUUAGAGAAUUCUCUCAGUCAUGGUAGCAUCAGAAUAGUAAGCACUCUUUUAUUGUGUUCAACAUACAUCUUAUAUAUCCUCCACUCACAAGCAGUAAAUCCACUCACAGUUAAUUGGCUUCAAGUUCUUCCAAACAACACUGAUAACAGACAAAGGGUUCCUUAAUUGUCCCAGAUGUGACAAGAUUAGCUGCGCAUACCAAAGGAGCAUCCUGUUUACCCUUUAGCCCUGUCUGCUCUCUGUCAUACUUUAAAGACUCCCAAGGCCUCAUAGCGAUGAGGUCUAUCACAGAGUCUCUUGAGCUCCUUGGUGUUACAUCUCCCCCCACAUAAUGAAAUGAAAUUUAAUUGAAACUCUACGAGCCAUCUAUUUUUAGUGUUUGUCAGUAGGAAGUGGCUUGAAGUAUUAAAACUUUAACAACCUGAACUCCUGCUAACUAAAUAGAAAUCUCUUUCACUUCUGUAAAUCAGAAUCACAGGUAUUUGUGCUUAAUUCCUCUUGCAAUGGUUUGAAUUUUCCUUUUCAAAAUUAAGUAACGUGUUUACAAAACAUACUCUCAAUUACUUGUAUUUAAGUGAAUGAAUACUAUAAUCAGUAUGAUUUUGAUUUUAAAUCAUUUGAUUCCUUUUCUAUUUUUUUAUUUUUUUCUUUGAACAAACAGUACAACCUUUUUAUGACAGAGGAAGUUUAAUUACCCCAAGGAUCCAGAAUUUGUGGCUUUCAAUACAUCCUUCAGAUACUUCGUAAUUUUCACUUGUGCAGACAUACUUUUUCGUGAUCCAGCUGUGGAUUUCAGAUUGACAACAUUCUAUUUCCAGCUGCUUUGAUUUAUAACUCUCCCACUUUUGUUGAUGGUCCAGUUUCACUCAGCAUAGGCUAUGGGAAUGUGUGUCAUUUUUCUUCGUAAAUACACACAACUCUUCUUUGGAUAUGACAGGUAAUGUGAUAUUGACCUCGUUUAGAAGAGUAACAUUUACAUCUUCAUAAUUCAGUUGUCCUGAGCUGAAAUACCCGUAACCUUUGGGCACACAGAAACAUGUUAAUAGGAUUAGGACUUGCACAGAUAAAGAGGAAAUCAAAAUGUGAUGUAUAACAACUCAGAAAUGUUUAAGAUAGCUGGAGCACAUUUAGUGCUUUUUUUUAAAUGAUCAUUCCUGAGAUUUAAUGUGUGUGAUUAAUUCUUCAUCUUCUGACUCACACUGUGGUGGUGUUCAUCAAUGUUUUGUUCAUGUUAAGGCCCAAACUUUUUUUUCUCCACUAGGUGGAAACGUAGUGCCAAACAACGCUCUUCUGAGUCUGGUAAACUCUGGAAAGUCCUUUUUUCAGGCUCUUCACUAUACAGUUUUACUGAACAGACAGUAGAAGUCAAGCACAGAUUUAAUGCUUUCGGAGUGAGAAAAACUUACUGGUGCUGCUAAAAAGUAUCCUUAAAAUUUGCCUUCCAAAUGAAAGCAAAUAUGAGCUAUACGUAUUCUUAGUAAUUGAUGACUGUAAGCCAGAUAACUCAUAUUGUUUAUGGAUAAUUUUUACUCUUGGCUUUAAAGGUACUUUUAUGUGAAGAACUUGCAUAUAAAUGUGACUUUUGGUAAUUUAAUUUCUUUACAGAUAAUUUUUUUUUACUUAACAGCAUUAGCAUUCACUUUAAUCAGAAAAACUGAUUUCUAGUGGAGCUAAACUAAUAAGAAAUGUACAUCUUCAACCACUUAAAGCCUAUCUUACAGCAUAGUUUACUAAUCUUGUCACUUACAGUACAAGAAACAUCAGAGUUUUGUUUACUUCCCAUUGAUUGCAAAAAGCAUUAGAUAGGACUGUAGUCUGUGAAGACCUGAUUUAGUUUCAGAACAGUCCAGUAGACGUGUUUAGCUAGUAAAGACUGCUUACUUGUGCUUUCUUUAAGAUCAAAAGCUCUCUGCUUUUGUGUGUUUGCAAGGAGUGGUAUUUAUGCCCCAAAUGGUCUGAGGGCAUAUUAUUAUAACACAGAAACAGAAAACAGUCACUUUCUGGUGACAGAACUGAGUUCAUGCCCACGUCUGUCUCCUGACUAUCCUUCUGCUGUUGACUGGAAGUUAUAUGCCAGCAAUAUCAGACAGCCUCCACCAAAUGAGCACUAUUUCAGUAGAGCUGUUUACCACGAUCUCUUCUUUUUCACUGAACUCAACUUGAAGGAAAUAAUUUUAUUUGCCAGAAGGACCUCUGUUGCCACCUGAGUUGCAAGAUGUCAGAGAAGCAGAAAGAUUAAAUUUAUGUUCUAGGUGCCUUUGAUGGACUACAUGUUGUUGAAGGAGAUAUCUGCAGGUAAUGGUUUUCUGUUUGGACAGUGGGAAGGUUGGAAUAUUCUUUUUGCAGACUCUUUGCAUUUGUCCCAUUUUUGAUUGAGGUGGUUCAAGAGGAGGCAUUUUUAGACCUCUUUCAAAACUACUUUAUGAGACAUGUUAACAUUAUUGAUGUUGAUCUCAUUUUUCUGUUUAUAUUAUGAUAUGAUAAUAUAAUGACGAAAGUCAAGACCCUGGGUUGAUCCUUUGCUCUAACAUGUUAAGGUUUCUCUGUAUGUGUACAAAAGGGAGAUGUUAGAGAUCUCACCGUCUUCGUAUGGAUACUCUUGUCGCAGGAGAGAGCUACUUUCUGCUGUGGAUUUUGCAAAAUGAAGAAAGUAUGAAUAUAUUAUUUAUAUCCAAAUGGCUUGUCAGCAUAUCGGUUAUUUUAAAGUUUGCUACUAGGCUUUUUUUUUUUUUUAACGUGCUAGAUCUUUGUAUCUUUCUUACUAUCAAAUCUAGGACUUGUUUUUUGAAAGCUUACUUGUGUUUUGCUUUUCUGUAUCCUCUUCUGCACAGAUAUGCACACUGCUCAAGUGUAGGAGCACAGACCUGAUCACAUGUGGGCCGCCAGCAGAGCCCGCACAGACCAAGUUUGAUAUGUUCUCCUUCAGUGGCACGUUUGGCACUAACUGCAUCUUUUCAGAAGUCUUGUACAGUGAUGUGCAGCUGGCCCCUGGGGAAUUUGAGGUGCUAACUGAUGGACCUCUGAUAAGCUGGCCUUGUACAUCCAAGCCAAUUAUGAGUGUAACGCUCUUCAGGAGAUGAUACGAAAAGGACCCUCUACACACAGACCAAGCUUCACCGUGAUAUCACUGCAGAUGCUCUAAGAUUUUGUCUGCUUGUUUCUGUAGCACUAAUUAUAAUAUUCACUGAUGUUAAUGCUAAUACAGAAAAUUAUAAUGGAAAUCUAUUUCUUAAAUUGCACUGUCUAACAGCAUAGUCAUUGCACAUUGAUUUGUUUACUUAAUCUUGCAACAAAAUAAAUUACUCUGCUGGACA